ACCCUCAAGACUCGCCACGCCAUUGCUCUGCUGCACCCUCACCCAACCACUUCUCAAGUCAGCUACCUCUGUUCGUCCUACCUUAGACACAUCAACCCCAGAUACUGCAUUCUUUCUUUUGUGCUUUACUCUGCCGACUAUUUUGUUCCGCUGCUUUCUCCGUAAUCUAAGGCCUCUAGCGGCUUAACUUCCAGAGACUGUCAAGGACACAGGAAAAACAGACAUAGAACCUUCCAAGCACCACAUAGGUCAGCACGUUGCGGUUCCAGCACCGCGAUUUGGUUGACUCGUCAAUUUCCCAGCCCGUGUCGAGCGCGUAUCGCGCCAUUUGACUCGACUCAAAAGUCACCGCGCGUAUCGCGCCAAUGGGUAGCUGCGUAUCGAUAGAGGAAGACCCCAGAGGCCGAGUGGGGCCCGCACGUAGUAAGUCAUCAUCUCACGCAACCCAUUCAAACCGCAUUGCACCGCAAAGCCCCUCCCCAGCAGGCAAGCACUUGCCGCGCAAACCCUCCCCGAGAAGAUCCCUCUCGUCAGCUUCCGCCUCCGCCUCCGCUUCCGCUUCCGCGUAUCGGUCCGGCGGACUCCUCCCGAAGUCCAACGAGAGCAACGCCAGUGCAGCCAGCGGAAGCGGGCGCGGAUCCUGCCCCCAGACUCCGCGCGGGGGGGGCUCCGCGGGCGGCUUCCGCACGCCCCCGGGGAGCGGAGGGCUAGGAUCAGGCCGGCGCGGCAGCGCGCUUGCGGAUAAGACAGCUCAGGCGAACGGCUUGGGAGCGGGUAACGCUAUGUCGUCGCUGCGCGAAUUUUCGUACCAGGAGCUCUGGCUGGCGACGCGGAAAUUCGGGAAGGAGGGGAAGCUGGGGGAGGGCGGAUUCGGGAGCGUGUUCCGCGGAACGAUCGAGGAGGAUGCUAGCUCGGGGGCAGGCGCAGGGAGCGCGGAGGGCGGAAGGCGGAAGGUGGAAGUGGCGGUGAAGGUGUUAAACGAGGGGGGGCAGCAGGGCGAGACGGAAUGGAAGACGGAGGUUCGGUACCUGAGCGAGGUUCGGCACCCGAACCUGGUGCGGCUGGUCGGGUACUGCUCGGACGGCCACCACCGGCUGCUGGCGUACGAGUACCUGCCGUACGGCAGCCUCGAGCGGUUCCUCUUCAGCCGCGCCAUCCAACCCUUGCCGUGGGCCGUGCGCAUGAAAGUGGCGCUGCACGCCGCCCAAGGGCUGGCGUAUCUGCACGAGGAGACGGACCGGCAGAUCAUAUACCGUGACUUUAAAGCGUCGAACAUUCUUCUGGAUGAGGAUUUCAACGCCAAGCUGUCUGACUUCGGCCUGGCAAAGGACGGGCCCGAGGGCAACCAGACGCACGUGUCCACUCGAGUGAUGGGCACAUACGGCUACGCCGCCCCCGAGUACAUGAUGACGGGUCACCUCACCGCCAAGUCUGACGUCUACAGCUUCGGCGUCGUGCUGCUGGAAAUGAUCAGCGGGCGGCGAGCCAUGGAGCCGGAGUUCCCCAGGCGGCAGCAGAACAUAGUCGAGUGGGCCCGCCCAUUCCUGGCCGAUCCAUCCAAGAUGCUGCUUCUGGUGGACCCGAGGGUGGGUGGGGAGUAUUCUGUGAAGGGUGCGCAGAGGGCGGCGGUUUUGGCGCGCAAGUGCCUGAGCAAGGACCCACAUACUAGGCCUUCUAUGUCAGAGGCGGUGAGGGUGCUUGCCUCGAUCCAGAAUCUGACGGAUUUCGCGAGUAAGCUGGAGCAGGCUCAACGGCUACAUGGUGCUUAGUUAAGCGUUUCCUGCUGGGGAGCUGGUAGCAGGAAUGCAGUAGAAUACGGUAGAAUGCGGUAGAAUGCGGUAGGAAAGCAGGGACGGGAAGGUCAACUUGUGGUGGGAAAUUUGUCACUGGUCACAUGCUGCAGCAAAGCGAGCAGCUACCCACCAGACUAGUCACUAGUACUUGCUGCUCACCAUCUGCCGAGUGAGCACGCACUCAUACCGUGAAUGACUAGUUUUAUGACAUUGCUAUUGUUGGGCUGAGAAAAGCCCUUAGGAUCUUUCCAGAGACUAAGUCCCACUUGAACACGGUGUUGGAGUAGUGCAGCGGAA